UGCUAUUUAAAAUAAAAUCCUUGUCAAUAUAAACCUGCACUAUUACAACCAUUAAUAUGCACUGGGCCUUCCAUCUGUGAAAUUUUCUUACUACUGGUGAGAGAGAGAGAGAGAGAGACAAAUACCUACAGAGAUCAGAACAAUGGCGGAUUGUCUAGGUAAGAACUCGUGGCCGGAGCUCGUAGGGGCAAAUGGGGAUGAAGCGGCUGCUGCCAUUGAGAAAGAGAACAAAUAUGUGGACGCUAUUGUGCUGAAGGAAGGAACUCCGGUGACUAAAGACUUCAGGUGCAGCAGGGUGUGGGUUUGGGUGGAUGAAAAUGGUGUGGUCACUCGAACUCCUACGAUUGGAUAAAGAUGACGAAUGAAUACAUAAAUUCUGUUAAAUAAAUAAUCAAUGGUGGUGAAUUCUGUGAUUUAUGAAUCUACCGUAAUAAUCAACUAUCAAUAAAUUGUUUCUUAUACA